AUGUCAUGGCUUACUAAAGUUGCUGGUCGUGCUGAACAGCUACUGAACCAAAUUGAUCAGAAUGCUGCUGUGGCUUUGAAGAAUAAUAGCAAAAAGGGCUCAGGUAGAAGUGAUUCAGCUGUGAGUCUGAUUGAUGACGAAAAGCAAGAAUUGCUUAAGCCUGACAAACCUCGAUCGGAAGUUAUAGAAACAUUAGCAAAGCCGGACGCAAGAUCAAGUCAUACUCAUUCAGUUUCAAGCCGUGUUCGUGGUCAAAGAGAUGAAGACCUUAUUGCUUAUUUGAAUGAUUCAAACGGGCAAACAUCAAGUCGUUGCUCUUCUGCAGCAAGUUGUUUUUCUGCACCAAAUCCUCAAGGUUCAAAUGCCUUUGUACCAAGAUCUGAAUCAUUCGCAACCAGUGAAGGUUUAAGAGCUCAGCACUUAGAUACAAUAAAAUGUCUGCAUAUGAAAGAAAGCCAGAUUGCCGUAAUGUGUGUGCGAUUACAGGAAGCAGAAGAAGCGAAUAUUAAAAAAGAUGCUCAGAUAGCCGAGCUUGAUAGAGAAAUUAAAAUGUCGAAAAAAUUAGAUGCCGGGAAUGGAAAUAUAGGUGAUGAGCAGUUCUCUAAAUUAAAGAAAUUACAACGUGAGCGUGACAGAGAAAAAGAAGAAUUUGAGAAACGUGAACAAGAAUAUGUUAGACGUUUGGAAUCAGCUAAUAACGAAAAUUCGACGAUUAAAAAAGAGUUACAAGAACUGAGGACAAAAAUUUUGCAGAUGGAAAUGAAUGAGCGAAGUUUAACAGAAGAGAUAAGACUCGCAAAGUACAACCUUGAAGCAAACAAACAUGAAUUCGACGAAUACAAACAAAGAGCUCAAAAGAUUCUUUCUGCGAAGGAAAAUCUUCUAACUUCAUUAAGAGAGAAUUCUCUAACUGGAUCAGAUAUAUCAGGAAAUAAUAUCGAAAUCGAAGAAUUAAGGUGUGAACGAGAUUUAUUGAAAGAAGAUCUUCAGCAAUCGCAGUUUGUUAUUUAUAAUCUAAAAGGGGAUAUCCAGGAAAUGGAAAAUAGAUUACGAGAUGAACAACGAUCAUCUGGAGCUCAAAGAGAAAAUCUUACAAAGGAGAUGCAUCAUCACUUAUCACAGGCAAAUCAUUACCGAGAACAGAUGGAACGGUCUCAAUUGGAAUAUGAAUUUCUUCAAGCUGAAAUGCGCAGGCAAGAAGAAGCAGUCGAAAGGAAGCUUGCAGAGAAAGAUGUGGAAAUGGCAAAAUUGAUGGAGGAGAAAAAAACGAGUAGGCGAUAUGAAGUUGGCGAAAUGGAGCAAAAAAUUUCUCUCCUUAGCGAAAAGCUGAUUGCAAAGCAAACGGCUAUUGAAAGACUUGAAAGCGAAAAACGAGCGCUUGAGUUACGGCUUGAACGAUCUGAGCGAGCGUAUAAGAAUGCAGAAGCUGCUGCAGUAAAAUCUGUUGCCGUUGAUAUGCGAGAAAAUGUAUAUGACCAAAAUUCUUCCUUAUUUAUGCUUUCUUCUUCGGAUAAUCUGCCAGUUCACUUUUCCAAACUUGUAUUCAGCAUUUUUGACCAUCUAGGGUUACGCAUCGCGGUAUUCAUGCGAAGUCCAGUGUUUCGUUUCUUUUUCUUGAUGUAUUGUUUAUUAUUACAUACAUGGGUAUUUUUCAUUCUUUUCACUUAUAGUCCUGAAAAAAUGACAUCUGUGGCAGAAAUACCUCAAUCCUUGCGUCCAAUUGCUCAUUAUGUGAAAAUUGGUGCCGAAAAUGCUAGUUAUGAUCCGAUUGUUCAUUAUUGGUGCUUUUACUAUGCAGUACAGACCGGAAUGAACAUGGACAAAGAGUCUCCGGAAGCUCUAAAAUAUUUGACUUCGUUACUUACAGUACUGGAAGAUAUGAAGAAAAAGUUGAAAGGACAAGAUGCGCUGACACAAGACAUGGUAGCUCAAGCUCAUGUUGAAAAUUUUGCUUUGAAAUUGUUCGAGUAUGCUGAUAAGAACGAUCGUCAGUCAAAUUUUACGAAGGGCGUAAUAAAAGCCUUUUAUAUGGCUGGACAUUUAAUUGAUGUUUUAACUCUUUUUGGACAGCUUGACGAUAAUCUUGUGGCUACCAGGAAAUAUGCAAAGUGGAAGGCUGCUUAUUUGCACAACUGCUUAAAAAACGGCGAGACUCCGAAGCCAGGAUCUACAAGCAAUCAAGAAGUUGAUCCUGAAGAUCUCAACUCUAAAAUUCGACAGAGCUCUGAUUCAGGAGAAAAGUUUUCACAAAGUGUGGAUGAGUCCAUGCAGCCACAUUUUCUCUCUUCAAGUGGUGCUACGGAUUUUCGCACUGCAUCGGGAGAAAACCCACAAAAACCCUUUGUUCCUCCCCGAGUAUUUCCGGAAAUACUACCAGAAACAGGUGUAACAUCAGAAAUCGGUAAAAGCAAUUCACUACAACCAGAUGCAUCUCAUAACGGUGGUAGUGAAGCAUUAACUAUAACUGAUUAUCUAGAAGCACAGAAGUAUGCAAAAUAUGCUGUAAGUGCUUUAAGUUAUGAAGAUUCUAAGACAGCAAUUGAAAGUAUGAUGAAAGCACUAUCAAUUUUGAAGAAAACAAAGGAAUGUUCAAAAAAAACCGUAUUUGGUAAGAAGUCAAAAAGGAAAAAAAAGAAGCAAGAAGACAGUGCUGGAGUAGUACCUGCCGUAUCCGCAUUUACUGGAGAAUAUGGGAUUUUCGGUGUUCCGCUUUCGUUAGCAGUUCUGAGAAUGGGUUGUCAUGACCAUAUUCCAUUACCAGUUAUUGUUAGACAGUGUAUCGACUACAUCAAUGAAAAAGGGUUAUGUGUGGAGGGAAUCCAUCGCAUUUCUGCACCUAAAGGAAAUUUGGAUAGACUUGAAGACGCAGUUAAUAGGCGCAAAUUCAUUGUACUGGAAGAUGUUCAUGAUGCGUCAGGAUUGCUAAAGAGAUUUUUGCGUCAACUUCCAGAACAUAUUCUCACAAAUGAAAAACGUGCGAUGUUCGAAAAAAUUGCUGGAAAUUGUCCUUGUGGAACAUUGUCACCGUGUCACUGCUUGGUAGCGGAUAUGCUAAAAGCACGAUUAAGUACACUCCCUGCUGAAAAUUAUAUGUUGUUAGCUUAUGUCUUCAUACAUGCACAGAUGAUUUUGCAAAAUAGUGAUAAAAACAAGAUGGGCUUGGCCGCUCUUGGAUUAAUUUUACAAGCUUCUAUGAAUAUUUCACAGUCCCUUGUACGAAUAUUUCUACUCAAUGCAUCCGACUUCGUUCGUAUGAAUUAUCAUUCACCAUCUAUGGUGUAUUUAUUCAGUGAUGUACAGAUCAAACGGUAA